UCUUGAGGCAGCUCGGAGAUCUCGCCGAGUUUGCUGCAGAGAUAUUUCAUGACUUGCAUGAAGAAGUGAUGGCCACUGCUGCUAGAGGGCAUGGACUGAUGCUUCGUGUCCAGCAGCUAGAGGCAGAGUUUCCAUCAAUUGAGAAGACCUUCUUCACUCAGACAAAUAAUCCAAAUUUUGCUUGCAAUGAUGGUAUCGACUGGCAUGCUAAUAUUCAAAUGGAUCUGAAUCUAAUUACACAAGGAGAUAUGCCUCGUUUUAUCUUGGAUUCUUAUGAAGAAUGUCGUGGUCCACCUCAUUUAUUUACACUGGACAAGUUUGAUGUUGCUGGUGCUGGGGCAUGUUUAAAAAGAUAUUCAGAUCCCUCUUUCUUUAAGAUGGAGUUAGCCUCCUCUGGAAUGCUGGAAACAGAGCUCCCAAGAGAAAAGAAAGCUCGUAAGAUCAAGAAGAAGGGAUCACGUUGGAAGAAUGGUCGAACACUCGAGUCCUUAUUGGCACCUGAUGCAGAUUCUGAUUUGCAGCAGAUAACUUCUGACCAAGUUUCUGAAAAGAGUUCAAGACAUGUGAAAUUGAAAACUAGGCACUUGAAUGGUAUGGGCAAAAGCAAUGAGAGAGGCUUAAUGGAGCGUCUACUUGAAAUACAUUCAUCUGAGCAGAAAGUUCUGUUUGGAAAUUCUAUAAGCCACUCCCAUGUAAAAAUAAAUCCAAUUGAUUCAAAUGAAUCAGCUACUGUAAUACGCGAGAUUGCAGUUGAUUCUUUAGCUGAGCGCCCAUUAGUUAGAGAGACAAACCUAAUUCAGUCUCCUACUGAAAAAGAAGUGGCAGGGUUGCCUUUAAAUGAAUUGGAGAUGCGGAAGAUAAAGAAUAAAGAAUUGUCAGAGGUACUGCAUGACUCAUUUGAUGAACUAAAGAAGACCGACUCAGACUAUCUUGUUGUGAAGCAAAAGGAAAUGUCCACCGAGUCUGGAUAUAAAUCAGAAGGCCAAGGCAGUGUUAAUGGUUGUGUAUUUAGUCAACCUGAAACAACUUCACUGCAGGUGGUUGAUCAGAACAAGUUGUUGGGGGAUGCUGAAUACAUAACAGAAGGUGGUGCUGAUGGCUAUAGAUCCGAUGACAUAAGUAGUGAGUUGGAUAAUUUUGUGGAUGCCUUGAAUACAAUGGAAUCAGAAUUAGAAACAGAUUGUGAAUGCAGAGGUAAAGCUGAGCCGGGUGUCUUCAACAUGGAAUCUCAUGGAGAGUAUUCUGACAUUAAUGAGGCACAACAGGAAUUGCAGAUUCAAUUUUCAGAACAAGAUUCUGUUGAUAACUCUGCCAAAUCGUUGAGCUCAAACACUGUGCUUAACAAUGAAAUAACAAGUAUUUCUGACUCAGAUACAAGUAGUUUGGCUGUUGCACAGCCAACUCAAAGGAGUAUGGUUUCUCUUGAUUUGCCUGCCAAUUCAGAAAUUUGCUCUGCUAAAACCUAUAAUUCUACUGAAACAGAUUGCGAAGACAUGGAAAAUUCUGAUCUGAGUGUUGUUGUCGCGGAAUCUCAUGGAAAGAAUUCAGACAAUAGUGAGGCGCAACAGGAAUUGCAAGCUCAUUUAUCAGAACCAGAUUCUGUUGAUAACUCCACCAAGUCAUUGAGCUUGAACAAUAUGUUUAAGAAUGAAACAACGUGUGUUUCUGAAUCAGAUACUACAACUAGUCCACUUGUUGCACAGCCAACUCAAAGGAACAUGGAUUCUGUUGAUUUUCCAGCCAAUUCAGAAAUUUGCCCUGCUAAAAUCUAUGAUAAAACUACUGAAGAGCUCUGGCAAAAUGAUGAGGAUACGAAACUUAAUUCUUCAGAUGAUUUGGUAUCUAGUUCUUGUAUUGGAGAUUCAACUUCUAUCCUUGUCAGUGUUCAUCAUCAAGGGAGUUUUCAUGAGUCCCAGUCUGUUGCCAGAGACCAGAAUGGCUUACCUUCUGGUUAUGAAGCAUCAGAAGCUAAUGAAGCUACCAAAUAUUUUGAUGGUCCAUCUCUUGAGAGCGAUUAUCUUGAAUUGUCUCAUCCUGCAGAGCAUGUUGAAGAGCUGAUUUCAGAAGAUAUGGUGGAAACAUUUGACAUGCCUGAUCACUUUUCCCAAAUAGAAGACAGAAGUAUGCCUGGAGAAGCUCCUACAGGGUACAUUGAAGACUCGUUGCUUCCAUUAAUUGCAUCCAUAAUAGUAGAGUCACAAAAAUCAGAGGAACCAAGUACUAGGGCUUGUUCAGGCGGGGACAAAUCACCAGAGCAUGUUGAAGAGCUGAUUUCAGAAGAUAUGGCAGAAACAUUUGACAUGCCUGAUCACUUUUCCCAAAUAGAAGACAGAAGUAUGUCUGGAGAAGCUCCUACAGGGUGUAUUGAAGACUUAUUGCUUCCAUUAACUACGUCCAUAAUAGUAGAGUCACAAGAAUCAGAAGAACCAGAUACUAGGGCUUGUUCAGGUGGGUACAAACCACCAACCAUCUCUGCAUUCUCCCCUGACAUCAAUUCUAUUGCUUCAAAGCCUGACAACUUGGCUAUAGAACUGGGAAAUGGCAUGCAGCCUGAAGAUAUAUUUACACAGAGAUCAUCUAGCUUUUUGAAGGACACUCAUAACAUAGCUGAAGAAUUCAAGGGUUCAUCCGUUGGGACUAAACAUGAUGAUGUUCCUGAAAAGAUGCAUCCUUCAGACCAUUCUGUGGAGCUAAAUUCAGAAGAUAUGAUGAUCACACUCGACAUGACCAAUCAUCAUUCCCAAACACAAGAUAAGUGUAUUCUUAAGAAGAUUCCUCUAGGAUUUGGGGAAGACUCAACCCUUUCUUCAACCGGGCACAUAGGAGAGACACAGGAAUCCAUGAAACAAGAUGCAGAGGCUUGUUUAUGUGGGAGCACAUCACCUACCAACCCUGCUUUGUCUCCUGAAAUUGGCUUUACUGUGCAGCCUGAAGGCUCAGCUGCUGAAAUGGAAAAUGCUGUUGCACCUAGUGAACAUUUAGCAUGUUUAACAGUUGGCCUUGAAAAUGCUGAAGAAAUGGCUGAGUAUAAUAUGUUAGUUCCCAACACUCUGGCCCCCGACUUGGAGUACUUCUCUGAUGCUAAGGAGCCUCAAGAGUUCCCUCGUGUGGUCUCAGCAGGGUGUACCCACUUGAGUUAUGUUGAAGAAACCAGUCCUAACGACAUGCAGUUGCAGUGCAACGUUCCCAACCAUGAGCUGCUUGAAUGUCCCAUUUCUGUUGAUGAUAGUUUGAAAUUACUAGAUGAGCUUACAGUACAUAUUUCUCAGGAGAAUACACUGCAGACAGGAGAACCUACACAAUGUGAGGACAUAGUAGGUGAUAAUGCAAUUUUUGAACAUAACAGUGAUAAUGCACAUCCUUGUUCAACAUAUUCUCCAGAAACAUCAGGUCUUCAAGUACAGUUGGAAGAACAUGGUAUUCCUGAUGUUGCAUCUCUAUAUCAGUACCCAGUGGAGAAACAAGAAGCAAUUAGUCCAAAGGACAAAAGAGUGAUGGAUUCUCAAGGCAUCCAGUACACAGCUCUUCCUGAGGAAGAUCAACCUGUGACUGCUUCUACAAUUUUUGACCCCGAGUUAUCCAUUUUAUAUUCAUCUGAUCCACCUGAUUCUAGAUUAGUUAGUGAUGUUUGUCAAACAAAGUCAUCUGGAGAUGUCCAAACAGAUCUUCCUUCCGACAAUGACGAGGCAAAUUUAAUAUGUUCCUUAGAAAGCAAACAAGAUUUUGUUUUCAAAGCUUUGCCACAUGGUGGUUGUGAUGGUACAGAAGAAAAGAAGCCUGUAUCUACUAAGAAGCCUCAAGAGUUCCCUCAUGUGGUCUCAGCAGGGUGUACCCAUUUGAGUUAUGUUGAAGAAGCCAGUCCUAGUGACAUGCAGUUGCAGUGCAAUGUUCCCAAGCAUGAGCUGAUUGAAUGUCCCAUUUCUGUUGAUGAUAGUUUGAAAUUACUAGAUAAGCUUACGGUACAUAUUUCUCAGGAGAAUACACUGCAGACAGCGGAACCUACACAAUGUGAGGACAUGGUAGCUGACAAUGCAAUUUUUGAACAUAACAGUGAUAAUGCACAUCCUUGUUCAACGUAUUCUCCAGAAACAUCAGGUCUUCAAGUACAGUUGCAAGAACAUGGUAUUCCUGAUGUUGCAGCUCUAUAUCGGUACCAAGUGGAGAAACAAGAAGCAAUUAGUCCAAAGGACAAAAGAGCGAUGGAUUCUCAACGCAUCCAGUACACAGCUCUUCCUGAGGAAGAUCAACCUGUGACUGCUUCUACCGCUUUUGACCCUGAGUUAUCCAUUUUAUAUUCAUCUGAUCCAUCUGAUUCUAUAUUACCUACUGAUGUUUGUCAAACAAAGUCAUCUGGAGAUGUCCAAACAGAUCUUCCUUCCAACAAUGACAAGGCAAAUUUAAUAUGUUCCUUAGAAAGCAAACAAGAUUUUGUUUUCAAAGCUUUGCCACAUGGUGGUUGUGAGAGUACAGAAGAAAAGGAGCCUCUAUCUACUCAUUUCCUUUCAGAGCCAACAAUUCCACUUGAAGAAGCUGCCUCCAGAUUAGAGGUUGGCAGUGAACUAAUUGUGUUACCUGUACAUCAAGAGGGUGAGCAUCUUGAUUUGCAUGCUCAAACUAUUGAUCUUAAUGAUGAACCAUCAGAAGAAGGGCCAGAACUCAGGUCCCAUGACUCUUCUAUGAAUGGAGAUGUUAGUGAGUUGGAAACACCACCGUCGAACAAAGCCAUGUGUUGGCAAGUUGAGCCAGAAGCUUCCAUUUCUUCUGCAUGCAGUUCUGAACUUAUCUCAAGUUCUUUGGCUUCUAAUGUUCCAGCUGUUAUGUUACCAUCCUUCACAAGCUCUGAUGUCAUGGUUUUGGAAACUUCUUCUCAAUUGCCUGUGGAGCCAGAGUCUGGUAAACCAGUCUCCAGCUUUCCUUUCCAAGAUGUUGAAGAACCACCACCGCUUCCACCACUUCCUCCACUUGAAUGGAGAAGAGGAAAGCUUGAACUGGGCUCUCUAUCAUCAUUUGGAAGUUUGUUUCAACCUCCAAGUGGAACAAAUCGAUCAAUGGUACCAUCAGCUACUGAUUGGAAGAAUGGAUGUUUACUGGCAGAUGAAGGCGAAAUGGUUAAGUCAACAAAUCCAUUUGUUACUAUACCAGUGUUGGAAGCCAAGAGUUCUCAGCAUGGUUUGUUAAAAUCAGAGGGAGAAAAGAUGCAUCCCUUUAGGUUGUCUGAACUGCCACCAAUUGCAGGUGAGGAGGGACAUCAACAUGAUGCCCCAUUUUUAGAGGGGAAAGUUGUGUAUUCUUCAAACCCUUGUUUGGUAGUUUCACCUGUAGAAGAUGAGAAGCAUCCAUGCAGUCAUAAUUCAGUGGGGGGAGUGAUGUUGCAGCCAUCAAACCGAUUUGCAUCAUUAUCAGUAUUAGAAGAUGAGAUCUCUCAGUGUCCCCCACUAUUACAGGGCGAAACACUACAGCCUUCAGGGGUUACGAGUUCUCAACUUGAUCAGUUGCUAAGUUCAGAGUUGGAGAGAGAUCAAGAGUCUGAACAUGGUCACUUAAGUUUAGAGAGCAAAACAAGCGAGCCUCCAGAAACAUUCUUGGUACAGUCGGAUACAGAAGAUGAGAAGUGUCAAUAUCGCUCUGGAAUUUGUGGAGCUGAAAAUAUGCAUCUUCUGCAAUCAUCAGUGCCAGUACCAACUAUGGGACCAGAGUUGCCUAAGCUAGUCCAUGUAACUUCAAGGGAAGAUGAUCAAUCUUCUCAAAUUGAUGUUUUACCAACACCAGAUGAUGAGAACUCAAAUGUCAAACCUCGUUCGAUUCGUAACCGGCCUAGAGAUCCUCUGAUUGAGGCUGUUGCUGCUCAUGAUAGAAGCACGAUGAGAAAGGUAUCAGAGAUAGUUCGACCUUCCAAUAAGCCAAAGGCCGCUGAAAGGGAUUCAUUACUAGAGCAGAUAAGAAGCAAGUCGUUCAACCUCAAACCAGCAGUUGUCACAAAACCAAACAUUAAGGGUCCAACAACAAAUCUGAAGGUUGCUGCUAUCAUAGAGAAAGCAAAUGCAAUCCGCCAGGCAUUUGUGGGAAGUGAUGAAGACAAUGAAGAUAGUUGGAGUGAUUCUUAAGCCCUGACAUUUCUUGAAUUGGAGUUCUUCAUAGUUGGAGUGAUUAUCAAGCACCAAUCACUUUUUGAACUUUUGGAGCUCUCCAUAUCUGGUAUAUGCCAAAUCAUGCAAGUUUUCCUUCAGUAAUACAGUUGUUGAACAGGGGCAUGAGACAGUGACAGCCGGAGUAAUCUGCGUUAACCAAAGAAUCAGCACAGAAGGGAGUCUUUUUGUUCGUGCGUAUAUAUUGUUAUGUGUAUAAUAUUCUUUUUGAUCCUUUCUUCUUUGUGUCAAAAUGUAUUUUACAGUGAGCUUGUAUUCACUAGCGAAGGCUCUAGAUGAAAGAAACAGACCUUGUCCUUGUCCCUCAAUGUAAUUUUAAGUGAAAAAUUUUGGUGUGUGGAUUUAAGAGGCAUAAAUCUUUAAAGUGCAUAGAGCUUCCUUCA